AUGAGGAGACCAACCCUUCAUGGUAACGAGUUUGUCUCAGCAGAGCGCAUACUACGAGCAGCUCUGGAAGAUGGACCCAUAGGGUUCAUGCUGUUAGAGGAGCCACCAUCAUCACUCCCGGCCUUUGGUUUUGUACCUACAGGCGCAGACAAAGGAGUCGAGAUGGAGGUGGAGGUAGAUAAGGUGGUGACGGCUGCAGACAUACCAAAGCCAUACCAACACCUGCGAGAUGUGUUUGAUGAGGUGGAAGCAGACAAGCUGCCCCAUCAUACCGAGCAUGAUCUCCACCUCGAGUUGAUAGAAGGAGGUAAGCCACCUCAAGGGCCCCUAUACCUUAAGGGACCCAAGGAGAUGUCCGAGUUGAGGAGAUACUUGGAUGAGAACCUCGAGAAGGGGUUCAUAAGACCAUCGAAGAGCCCGGCACGAUCACCAGUGCUCUUCGUACCAAAGAAGGAUGGAGGUCUCAGACUCUGUGUGGACUACAGAGGUCUCAACGAGAUCACUGUCAAGAACAGGGCACCAUUGCCCCUCAUCGAGGAGCAGCUGUUCUUACUCAGGAAGGCAAGGAUCUAUACCAAGCUAGACCUUAGAGCAGCAUACAACCUCAUCCGGAUUGCUAAAGGAGAUGAAUGGAAGACAGCUUUUGGCACUCAGUUGGGACUCUAUGAGUACCUAGUGAUGCCCUUUGGCCUAGCCAAUGCUCCGGCUCACUUCCAGUCAUUCAUCAAUGACAUCUUCCGAGACAUCAUUGGAGUAUAUGUAGUGGUAUACUUAGAUGACUUCCUGAUCUUCAGUGACACUGAAGAGGUACAUGUGAAGCAUGUCACCGAGGUCCUCACUCGCUUAAGGAGCAACAGGCUCUUUGCUAAGCUGUCGAAGUGUGAGUUCCACACCAAGACAGUCGAGUUCCUGGGGUACAUCAUCAAGCCAACGGGCAUAGAGAUGGACCCAGAAAAGGUGCGCAUUGUCAAGGAGUGGCCAAUGCCAGAGUCAAUCCAUGACAUCCAGAGGUUCCUGGGUUUUGCCAACUUCUAUCGAAGGUUCAUAGCCCACUUUGCUCGCAUAGCCAAGCCCUUGACAGCACUGGUAAAGCCUAUAGAACGGUUCAAGAAGUUCGAGCUACCAGAGGAGGCCCAACAGGCCUUCCACAAGCUCAUCCAGGCCUUCACAUCAGCAGGAGUGCUUCAGCACUUCGACUACCACCUUCCAACAAGGUUGGAGACUGAUGCAAGUGACUUUGCUAUAGCAGGAGUACUCAAGCAGGAGCAUGAAGGACGAUGGCAUCCAGUGGCCUUCUACUCUAGGAAGAUGUCUUCUGCCGAGAAGAACUAUGAGAUCCAUGAUAAGGAGCUCCUAGCUGUGGUCGCCUGCCUCACUCAGUGGCGACACAUGCUAGCUGGACUACCGAACCAACUGGUCAUCCUCACUGACCAUGAAGCCCUCAAGUACUUCAAGUCACAGAGACGCAUCACAGGUCGACAAGCUCGAUGGGCAAUACUACUAGCAGACUUCGACUUCAUAUUGCAGUAUCGACCAGGAGACAAAGGUGGUGAACCCGAUGCUCUCACCAGAAGGACAGACAUGCAACCAGCCGGUGAAGAGCAGGAUCACAAUGUGAGGCAACUACUGCCUCCUCGAGUGUUCAAGGAGACAGCAGACCAUGACUCGCUCCUAGUGGCCCCCAUGAUCUCGAUGGAGUCCAUAGCAUCAAAAGGUCUCAAAGACCUGGUCAAGAUCUUCCAGCCUUUAGACCAAGAGCUACAGGAGAUACAUAGGAAGAAGCCUUUCGAACUCAAGGAUGACCUAUGGUACAGUGGAGGAAGGUUGGUCAUCCCCAAGGUGAUCAUGCCAGGGAGGACCAACAACCGACACUCAAGGAGUGCCAAAGAGGUAGAUGGACAGUCUCUCUCUGUAGAGCAUCUGCGAUUCAUGGUGAUGACCCAAUGCCAUGAUGGUAUCACUGCUGGACACGUAGGAAGAGAUGCUACCAUCAAGGCAGCUCAACGACAUUACUGGUGGCCAAACAUGACAGCUUGGAUUGCAGACUAUGUAGCAAGUUGUCCUGUAUGUGCUAGGUACAAAGCUCCUCGUCAUCGUCCAUAUGGUUUGCUACAGCCACUAGCAACCCCAGACAGGCCCUGGGGCUCCAUAUCCCUCGACUUCAUUGAAGGACUACCACCAUCAAAGAAGUAUGACUCCAAGACCUAUGACUCUAUCCUAGUCAUCAUCGACAGGUUAACCAAGUUUGCCAUACUAGCUCCAACCCAUAAGACAGUCACAGCCAAACAGACUGCAGUAUUGCUAUAUGGACACAUGGUUAGACUCUUCGGAUAUCCAGAUCACAUGGUCUCGGACCGAGGCAGGCAGUUCAUAUCAGGAGCAUGGAAGGCAUUUGCAGAGCAAAUGGGUGUGAAGCACUCACUUAGCACGGCCUACCAUCCUCAAACUGAUGGUCAGACAGAGAGAGUCAAUCAGGUCAUAGAGCAAUAUCUCAGGAUGUACUGCAACUAUGAGCAGAAUGACUGGGCCAACCUGCUGGACACUGCGGCCUUUGUAUACAACAACACGGUCCACAACAGCAUUGGUGUCUCACCAUUCUUUGCAUGCUAUGGAUGGAACCCCAAAGCUCAUCCUGACAUCCCUCAACGACUAGGAGUCAAUGAUCCAGGUCGCUUCAAGUACCUCAUGGAUGGAAAGGAGCGUUGCAAGUACCUCCAGGAGCAGAUCAGAGAGGCACAAUGGAGAUCAGUAGACCAGUAUAACAGGAAGCACAAGGACAUUGAGUUUAAGGUGGGUGAUAUGGUCUAUAUCAACCGCCGAAACUGGAAGACACGGAGACCCACACCCAAGUUGGAUACCCGGUUUGCAGGACCCUACCCCGUUCAGGAACGAGUAGGACGCCGAGCUUACCGAAUCACAUUGCCAGCAAACCUUAGGGUGCAUGAUGUGUUCCAUGUCUCCAUGCUCGAGCCAGCAAGAACAAGUUCUCUUCCUCAACGUGCUGAACAGCCCACCAUGCCACCACUUCCAGAUGAGGACCUCGACUUCGAAGUCGAAGCACUCAUCGACAAGCGUUCACACAAUGGGACUACAGAGUACAAGGUGUUGUGGAGGGGGUACUCAGAAGAAGCUGCUUCAUGGGAACCAGUAGAGAACCUCAACUGUCCCGACCUCAUCCAGGAGUAUGAGGAGUCGGAGGGGGGACGAGUGAGUAGACAGAGUGGAGAGAGGAGGAGAGAACAGGAGGAGUAG